CAAGUGUGGAGAUAAAAUCUUUUUUCGAAACAUUAAGAAUUUUCUAUUCGUCGCUUUAAUUGAAAGUGUGUUCAAACAGAUAUCUCUAAACUGCCAUACCAUAAUGGCAAACUCUAACAAUGGCGUUUCGAAGGAAAUAAAUUUUAGUACAGAAAUUUUUAAUAGAAUCGCAUCUGCGUACACUGACCAUAAUAUUAUUAUAUCUCCACUACUGUUAGAGGCAACUUUAGCUUUACUUUAUCUUGGUUCUGAUGGCAGCACAGCGGAGGAACUAAAGCAACUGCUGCAACUGAGCCGGUUCAGUAGUAAUUCCAAAAUGGCAAAUUACUUUGAAGCUAGUCUGGCAGCCGCUACGCAACAGAAUGAUACAAAAAUAUUUUUAAGCAUACAGAUUUUACUAAAUGAAAAUCUUCAAGUGGCAGAAGAAUUCCAGACUGUUGCCAAAAAAUAUUUUCAGACUGCAACGGCUACAGUUGAUAUGAAAAGUGAAAAAAAUAUACGCGGUCAGCUUAACGAAUCCGUCAACAAAAUUUGCAAACCAUCUGGUACGAGUCUGUUGAGUGUACUCACAGCAGAGAACGCGGUGAAUUCCCUGCUUUUCAUAACUGCAUGUUUCCAAAAUAAAUGGUUCCUACCUUUUAGCGCAUACCGAUCCGGUAUUUACGAUUUCUACAUUAAUGGUUUAGAACCAAAAGAAGUGCCUAUGCUAUUCGACGAUGAUAUGUUCGUAAAGUUUGCUGAGUUCCGAGAAUUAGAUGCGCGUGCCAUUGAGUUGCCGUUUGAACAUGACGACGAGUUAGCAAUGUUGCUGGUGUUGCCGAAUAAACGUGAUGGCUUGACAGGACUUUUGGAACAGCUGAAGACAAAGAAUUUAGUAGAACUUACGGAAUGCAUGCAAAUGGAAAGCGUGCAAAUACUCUUACCGAAAUUCAACAUUGACUUUGAGUGCAGUUUAAGAACAAUCUUGCAAAAGAUGGGUCUUGGUACAAUAUUUUCGAAUACAGCGAAUUUUAAAAAUUUAGUAAACGAAAAUUGCACAGAACAGUUAAGCUUUACAGAUCUAUUCCACGAAGUAUCCAUUGCGGUGAAUGAAUCAGGAUCAGACACCUCCCCUGUUGCAACUAACAAACCGAUUGUGAUCAGUAAUUCGAUAGACUCGAGGCAAAAGUUUUUCCGUGCCGAUCAUCCGUUUUUCUUUGCUGUUACAAAUCGUGACGUUACCUAUUUUGCUGGUCAAGUGAUCAAAUUCUAAUGAACUUGUGAUGAAAUGGCUGUUUCUAUAUUGAGAACUUAGCUCUUGUAAAUGUAUGAUUAGUUGCAGUUAAUUUGUUUGACUUUAUAUGUAUUUUGUUUGUAUUUAAAAUAUUUAUAAAAUUAUUUAAAUGUACAUUAAUAAUCUUAUAUAAAACCUGUAGACUAAUUAAACUAAAUAUUUUGCCAUAUUAGACUAGAAGACUAGCUGCUACUACCCUCCGAAGCCAUUUAAUAAUCUUUCGAUAUGAAGUUAAAGUGUGUUGCUGUUAGUAAAAAGUCUAAAAAACUUAUUAUUUAAAAAGUUUGUCAUUUAUAAUUCUUUAAAUCCAUUAAUUAAAAACUAUAAAUACUGCAUAAAAAGUAUCGGGAAUUAGAAAUUUGAAAAACGUUACAAAAGAUACAGCCACGAUUCCUUUUUUACUACGCUGUUGCUAUGCGUCAUUGUUUGCACUUAAACACUGUAUUGCCAUCUGUUUCUCAGUAUGUUUACAUCAGUUGUUUUCGCAAUUAUACCUGUGAGUGUUCUGCAAUUUUUAUUUUAUUCUUCCGAUAAAGUUAACGGCAUUCUGAAGAUUCCUGACUUGUUUGCAUAUCACAGUCAUAAGCUUGAGUCUCGUUGCUAGUUAUUUUGCAAUCAGAAUUGCAACAAAAUAAUGUUCACUUACCACAACCCAUUUCUUAUGAUCUAUUAAACCCGAGUCAAGUUUAUAGGUAAAAUUUGUAUUUCAUAUUAAUGUUUAAUUACUAAAUUGCUGAAAUAUUUAAUUAAUACGUAAAUUUUUAAAUUUCAUAGACUGACCUUUGGUAAAAUGGUCAGUCUAUGUACUAUUAAACAGCAUUCCAUUUCUUGGUUCGUUAGUCAUGAGCUAUCAAUGUAGCCAGUUAAUACGAAUGAAAAGUUACAAAUAAAUUAUUAAAACUCGAUAGAUUCUAAAUACUUUAUGUUCCUUACAUGGCUCUUAUAUGUCCUUUAUAUGGUUUUUGAUAUGUGCGAUUCGGUUCAUGAGAUUUAUUUGAAAUAAAAUAUGUAAGGCAAAUUCUUUGCUGAACUGUUUUUCUAUUUAGAUCCUCGAAGAAUACCGAAGGAAAAUGAGAAAAACUGAAUAUUGGAUAAUAGAUCACACUCCAGUUCUGAAUGGUAACACAAAAGAGUGGUAUCAAUUUAUAAAAAAUAUGUUGCGGCCUAUAUACUUUAUGUGCGUUUUUCAAGUACUAAAAUUUUUUUAUUUUUUCUUUCUUUCCCGACACUCUGUCAUCACACUUUAAUUUGUUGAAACCCUUAAGUCGGUACUUAUUAUCAUACGUGAAAUAUUACAGCAUAUUAGACGACAUCAUAAACAGACAUAUCUCUACAUCGUGCAAUGUUUAUAGUUCCCAGAAUAAAAUGUUUUCGCCGCGGUUGCCACUUGAAAAUUUUUUUCUACCAUAUACUAAAAUUGGUUGAAACAGGAACUAUUUCUGUGUGAAAAGGUCCAAUUGUCUUUUAAUAAGAAUACACAAUAUGUAUAAAAUGUAUAGAAGAUAUAGAACAACACAAAUAAUUUUAUCAAUAAGAAUUGUAUUUUUUGAAUAUUCGAGUUAUCUUUUACUAUUCAUAUAUAGUGUAUAAAAUCCAUUCCCAUCGGAGUUUUCUUUUUCCUUUUGCAGUCUCAAUAUUUUUACUAAAUCAGUACAUAAAAUUAUAUUAGUUUCAUAGUACAUUGGUCCAUCUAUAAAUAAAUUUAAUUGGAUAAUAUAAUAGUAUGUACAGCAAAGUGCGUGCUGCAAAAAAUAACUAUUUUUUAAAAAAGAGUAUCAGAGCACCAUGCGGAAAAAAAGUACCAAUUUUGGUACUAAAGUACCACAUGUGGCAAUCGUGGUUUUCACCUAAAAUAGCAAUGUAAGUGGUGUAUUAUCUCUCAUAAUCAAAUUCAAUACCUCAAACUUACCACAAGCGUAGCUAGUGUACGGUGAAGCAAAGUCGGUUAUGGUUGUUGCCUUUUAUACUUUAAUGAAAUAUUUAUAUGCUCUCCCAUUAUUAUGUUACGAGUAUAAUACGAUAAAAUAAAAGCCAUUUAAUUAUU